CUCUUAGCGCCGGUUGAGAUCGAGACUGGGGACUUCUGAGGGGCGGGUGGAGGGCAGGUUUUGUGCUGGACGCGGCCCCUGCCUCCCCGGACUGCAAAGCUAAGACUUGGCCACGCUGCAGCCGCAGUUCGGGAGGACCCUGGUGUGCCAGACUGGAUGCAUCUUCUGUGAUUGGUUUCAUCUUGCACCAGAGAAGUCCAGGGAUGAUAUAUUCUUGGGUUGUAUUUCUGCACCUCAGAAUCAGCUGCUUCAAUGCAGAAACCCUGACUCUUUGCUUACUGGGACACACAUAACCUCAAUGAACAUCUGCUGGACAGGUCCUUUCUGGUGACUUUUUGCUUUUUUUUUUCUUGUUCAAGUUAGAAGACAAGUGUAAGGAGCCAAAAGUUAACUGCUUUGGUGAAUGACUUGGUUCUCAGAACAUGGGCCCUCGUUUCAAGUUGCGGCUGUGAUCCUUGGCUGUCUGUUGGCAUUGAAGAGACCUGAUGUUUUACGUUAUUGGUGGAAUCACAGUGUCUGUGGUUGCCUUCUUCUUCACAAUUAAGUUCCUCCUUGAGCUUGCCGCACGCGUAGUCAGCUUUCUUCAGAAUGAAGACCGUGAGCGCCGCGGGGACCGGACCAUUUAUGACUACGUGCGGGGAAAUUACCUGGAUCCCCGGUCCUGCAAAGUGUCCUGGGAUUGGAAGGACCCCUAUGAGGUGGGCCACAGCAUGGCCUUCCGAGUGCAUUUGUUCUAUAAGAACGGACAGCCUUUCCCUGCACAUCGGCCUGUGGGACUGCGAGUUCACAUCUCUCACAUCGAACUAGCAGUGGAAAUUCCAGUGACCCAGGAAGUCCUCCAGGAGCCAAAUUCCAACGUGGUAAAGGUGGCCUUCACUGUGCGCAAGGCUGGACGUUAUGAGAUCACCGUGAAGCUCGGUGGAUUAAAUGUGGCCUAUAGUCCCUACUACAAAAUUUUUCAGCCUGGAAUGGUGGUUCCUUCCAAAACCAAAAUUGUGUGCCAUUUUUCUACUCUUGUGUUGACCUGUGGUCAACCACACACUCUGCAAAUAGUGCCCCGAGAUGAGUAUGACAACCCAACCAACAAUUCCACAUCCCUGAGAGAUGAGCACAACUACAGCUUGUCCAUUCAUGAGCUCGGCGCUCAAGAAGGAGAGAAUAAUGACGUUUCAUUUGAGAAGUCGGUGACAUCCAACCGGCAGACAUGCCAGGUGUUCCUGCGGCUCACCCUGCAUUCUCGAGGGUGCUUCCAUGCCUGCAUCUCAUACCAGAACCAACCCAUCAAUAAUGGCGAAUUUGACAUCAUAGUCCUUAGUGAGAAUGAGAAGAAUAUUGUUGAACGAAAUGUGUCCACCUCAGGAGUGAGCAUUUACUUUGAGGCUUACCUUUAUAACACCAACAGCUGCACAAGCACGCCGUGGCAUCUUCCUCCCAUGCACAUGAGCUCCUCACAGCGCCGGCCCUCCACCGCUAUUGAGGAGGAUGAAGAAGACUCACCCUCAGAGUGCCACACCCCCGAGAAGGUGAAGAAACCCAAGAAGGUGUACUGCUAUGUGUCACCAAAGCAAUUCUCCGUGAAGGAAUUCUACCUGAAAAUCAUCCCCUGGCGCCUCUACACCUUCCGAGUGUGCCCUGGAACAAAGUUUUCAUAUCUUGGCCCCGAUCCUGUUCACAAGCUCCUCACACUGGUGGUGGAUGAUGGUAUUCAGCCUCCCGUGGAGCUCAGCUGCAAGGAAAGGAACAUUCUAGCUGCCACUUUCAUCCGCUCCCUGCACAAGAACAUCGGAGGCUCUGAGACCUUUCAAGACAAGGUGAACUUUUUCCAGCGAGAGCUUCGGCAGGUACAUGUGAAGAGACCUCAUUCCAAAGUCACCCUGAAGGUCAGCAGACACGCCUUGUUGGAAUCGUCUUUGAAGGCCACUCGGAACUUUUCCAUCUCAGAUUGGAGCAAGAACUUUGAAGUGGUUUUCCAGGAUGAAGAAGCUUUGGAUUGGGGAGGGCCUCGCCGGGAGUGGUUUGAGCUGAUCUGCAAAGCCCUGUUUGAUACCACCAGUCAGCUCUUCACCCGGUUCAGUGACAACAACCAAGCGCUAGUGCAUCCUAACCCUAAUCGCCCAGCUCACCUGCGUUUGAAGAUGUAUGAGUUUGCAGGGCGGCUGGUGGGCAAGUGUUUGUAUGAGUCCUCUCUAGGAGGAGCUUACAAGCAAUUGGUCCGUGCCCGGUUCACUCGGUCUUUCCUGGCCCAAAUCAUUGGACUCCGUAUGCAUUACAAGUACUUUGAAACAGACGACCCAGAAUUCUACAAGUCCAAAGUUUGCUUUAUCCUCAACAAUGACAUGAGUGAGAUGGAGCUGGUCUUUGCAGAAGAAAAAUAUAACAAAUCAGGUCAACUGGAUAAGGUUGUAGAACUCAUGACAGGUGGAGCUCAAACCCCAGUCACCAAUGCAAAUAAAAUCUUCUACUUGAACUUGCUAGCCCAGUAUCGGCUGGCCAGUCAAGUGAAAGAGGAGGUGGAGCAUUUCCUAAAAGGCUUGAAUGAGUUGGUUCCUGAGAACCUCUUGGCUAUUUUUGAUGAGAAUGAGCUUGAGCUGCUGAUGUGUGGGACUGGAGACAUCAGUGUAGCUGACUUCAAAGCCCAUGCUGUAGUGGUUGAUGGCUCCUGGCAUUUCAGAGAAAAGGUCAUGAGGUGGUUUUGGACUGUGGUUUCCAGUCUGACCCAGGAGGAAUUGGCUCGGCUACUUCAGUUCACAACAGGCUCCUCUCAGCUUCCGCCUGGAGGCUUUGCUGCCCUCUGUCCCUCAUUUCAGAUUAUCGCUGCUCCGACCCACAGCACUCUUCCUACUGCACACACAUGUUUUAACCAACUGUGCCUCCCUACAUAUGACUCAUAUGAAGAGGUACACAGGAUGCUGCAGCUGGCCAUCAGUGAGGGUUGCGAGGGCUUUGGCAUGCUCUGACCGCUCCUCUGCCACCUGCUUGGCUCAUACUCUCUAGAGCAUCUGGGUACAUGUUACCAAGCAUAACCACUGACCUUAACACACAUACCCAUUAGCCAGGAGAGACUGCAUGCUCCCGCGUGUCUGGAGUAUUCUGCCAUCUACAAGCAUUGUUCUUACCUCACCCACUCUGUGUCCACAUUUACCACAGGCCAUUUGGGCACGUGGUACCUAUCUGAACACCACUCAGUCAUGAGAAAAGGACCAUGCUGCUGUCAUUUCAUUUGGUCCUUUGAAGAUCUCUGUAGCUGGAUCUGCCUCAGUGGCUGGGAGAGAUGGAUGACAUGGAGGACUCAAUUCUGUUGGAAAGCUGGCAUGCUGAGACCCUUAAGCAAUGCCUUGUUCCAGCACCCUCUGCUCUUUGGAAAUCCCUUCUUGAUCUCACUUCUUGACCAGACUGGUACAUGAUCCCUUCUCCUGGACAACCCAUCACCUCUUCUCAUCAGUAGCCAGGAGAAGCACAGAUAGAAAGUGGCCGGCACAGGCCAUAGCACUGAUGGGGACUGAUAGUACUUCAGGUCUCUGUGGUGACAACUGGAGAAGACACUCCUUGGGGGCAUUUUUGAAGAUGAUCACCACUCCAUAAAGACUGUGCUAAGCUUUCUCCUGAGCUUGAGCCGGUGAGAAAAACAGUGAGAAGAAUGUAAAGGGUGGCUGUGCCGUGGCCUCCCGUGCUGGCUGCGCUUCUCUCGGGGAAGGGCCGUGUCCAGCCAUGUGGACGGCUUGAAGACUACUGAUGCAUUUCUCUGAGCUUGCUGUUUGCACUGACGGACGACGCGGCAUGACCACUGAUCUCCAGUUUAUGUGGUCUGUUAAGAGCUGUCUUUAACACUCCGCUGGAAGAAUUUUGGGAGCAAAGGACUGGGACAGUAAACAUAGGUUGCCAACUCUUUGGUGGUGGUCUCUGGUAGCACUGAGGCAGAAGAACUGUCGUCACAGGUCCUGGGUCAGGCCACUGGGGAUAGACAUGGUGGCGAUCCAGCAGCAGUCAAUACCUAGCAAUUCCAGGUACUUGGUUUCAUCAGUUUCAGGAAGGGGAAUCAGGAGGGAGGAAGCUAUAUUGGGUUCACCAUUAUGUGUGAUCGAAGAGGACUUGUCAGUCUCUUGGAAGAUGAUGACAUCUCUUUUCAUUAGUGUUUGAAUGAAAACAACAUAAGACUCAAGAUCACAUGGACUUCCCAGUUUCUGUCUUUAACAAGGCUUUGCUACAAGCUCCCGUUUCUGAUGGGGUACUCACUCAGAAUAUUACAAGCCAUCUCUAUUGCCAAAACCAGCAGGUACACAGAAUCCCGAGGCAAGGCAGUUCUUAUGACUUGGCCUCCUGGAAGUAUGUCUGAGCUCUCCUGUUCCCAGGGAUCAUGAGAAACAAGCCCUCCUGAGCUGCUAGAAUUCCUACCUGACCUCCUUUGCAGUCAUUAUUUGUCCUUUGUUGGCGUGGGCGCUGACCUCACUUCUUGGGGUUUAGGACCUGGCAUCAGGGCCUCUACACCCCAGGACCCUCCAUGCCACAUGGUCACUGCUCUCCUCAGGGACCAGGACAAGGUGCUGCUGCUUGCCCACAUUUUCCCCAUGGAACGUGUCCAAGCUGGUUUAGCCAUCCCCCUGCUGCCUCUCAGGCCUCCUCUGGGGCUUCCAGCUGGGGUACAUGGGCUGGCUUGGCUCUUUGGGGCAAUUGUUCCUGUCCUGGAUUCUGUAAUCCCGGCUCCAGCACCCCUCUAGAGAUUACCAGGGGGGUUGAGUUUAUAUUCUUGGCUAGACCUAUCAUUUUAGGCUCUAGUUAUAGCACUUUUUCAGUCUCCUAGGCACCGGAGUCUCUAACAACAACAACCCUUUAGUACUGUGUGGUUUUCUAUUCCAGUGUACUCUCUCCCGACUAUUCAGAAGCAGUUUGGCUCUCUUUUGCAGUUUCUUUUACCUUUUUUUCUAAUACUGCUUUGGCAUUAGCCAGUGUGGGGAAGACAUACAGAAUGUUGGAGAGAUUAAAAAAAAAAAAAAAAAGAUGUGUUAUUUCUUGGGCAAUUUUCUAUUCCUAGUCCUUAUUUAGCCAGUUCUUCUGUUAAUGCUUUGUGACAUAGGCCCUUGGGAGGCUAGCUGCUCCCCUGGCUUUUGGCUUUUCAGUGUCCUUGAAGGAGACAAGUCAUGAAAUGAAAACCAAGAGGAUGUCGGUGUGGUUCUAGAAAGUUGGCAGAGACCGAACUCUGCUGCACAUUGUCAGGCCCGGUCUGGACGUCUGCAGCUGGAGAUGUAAAUAUUUUGUACAGUAAAUAAAACACCUACAGGAAGCGA